GUUGCCGGCGGCGGGGCUGGGCGGCGAAGCGGGGCUGGGCGGCGGCGGCCAUGGCAGCCUCGGCGGGGCCGGGCACCCGCACCAAGACCAAGAAGAAGCACUUCGUGCCGCAGCGGGUGAAGGUGCUGCGGUCGGCCGACCCGCUGCUGGCCGUGCUGGGCUGGGGCAUCAGCCAUCAGGUCAACGAGCUGAGCCAAGUCCCCCAGCCGGUGAUGCUGCUCCCCGAUGACUUCAAGGCCAGUUCCAAAGUGAAAGUGAACAAUCAUCUCUUCAACAGGGAAAACUUGCCCAGCCAUUUCAAGUUCAAGGAGUAUUGCCCACAGGUCUUCCGCAAUCUCCGCGAACGUUUCAACAUCGAUGACCAGGAUUAUCAGGUUUCACUGACGCGCAGUCCACCCACCUAUGAGACCGAGGGAGGCGGGGGCCGCUUCCUCAUGUCGUAUGAUAAGACCCUGGUGAUCAAGGAGAUCUCCAGUGAAGACGUGGCUGAUGUACACAGUCUCCUCUCGCAUUACCACCAGUAUAUUGUGAAAUGUCACGGGAACACUCUCCUGCCCCAAUUCCUGGGGAUGUACCGGGUCAGCGUGGACAGCGAGGAGAGCUACAUGCUGGUCAUGCGAAACAUGUUCAGCCACAGGCUCACCGUGCACCGGAAGUACGAUUUGAAGGGCUCUUUGGUAUCCCGUGAAGCUAGUGAUAAAGAGAAGGGCAAGGAGCUGCCCACACUGAAAGACAUUGACUUUCUAAAUAUGAACCAGAAGGCAUACGUCAGUGAAGAGGCCAAGCGGGACUUCAUGGAGAAGCUGAAGCGGGAUGUGGAGUUCCUAGUGCAGCUGAAGAUUAUGGACUACAGUUUGCUCUUGGGGAUCCACGACGUGCGGCGAGCUGAGCAAGAGGAAGACGAGGAAGUGGAAGAGGAGGACGGCGAGGGAGAGCCUGGGGGCGUGGCCUCAGUGGGAUCCUACGGGACAUCUCCAGAGGGCAUCGGCAGCUACCUCAACUGCCACAAGCCUCUGGGGCCUGGCGACUUCGACCCUUACAUUGACGUUUAUGCCAUCAAGAGUGCCGAAAAUAGCCCACAGAAGGAGGUGUAUUUCAUGGGACUGAUCGACAUCCUCACCCAGUAUGACGCCAAAAAGAAGGCUGCCCACGCCGCUAAGACAGUCAAGCACGGGGCUGGUGCAGAGAUCUCCACAGUGCACCCGGACCAAUACGCCAAGCGUUUCCUGGACUUUGUCACCAACGUGUUUGCUUAACGGCCGUGCUAUGAGUACCACCAAAGAUCAAAGGCGCCCUGCCCACUCUUCUCCCGGUUCUCCCCUGCCACUCCGACCCCCCAAUUCCCAGUGAGAGGGAUGGUCCCCCCCCCUUGCUGUUGAGUGAGCAGGAGAGACUUCAGGCCAAACCCCCUUGAGGCUGGCCUGGGGGAUGGCUGCCCAAUCCAAGUGCCUUAACGUUGAUCUUUCACCGGGAACAGUCGGCGAUUCGGACCUGCUCUUGGGAGGCAGCGUCUCCCGUUUCCUGGGGGGAGAAAGCAAGGCUGGCCGUUCCUGCCAAUGAUGUCACUAGUCAAUGACUCAGGUUAGAGCAGGAUCUAAACGCCCACAUCAGGUGAGCAGGUAUCUUAUUCUGGGACAAAUAUGCAAUAAGAAUUUAAGUCGCGUGCCUUCGGAAGAAGGGGGCUGAGCGCAGUCGUCUCCAUCUGCACAGCCAGUGUGCUGCAAGAUGCCUGAUGGGUAUGUUCUUCUACCCUCUGAUAGCCAGUGGUACUUACAACCUACUGAUUUCAAAACCUCUGUGCAAAUUCUUUACCUCCUCACUCCAUGGGGAGUCUUUACGGUGCCCCCCAUAGGAGGUUUUGGUUCCUGCUGAGCACCUUGUUGAUAAUAAACCUUCCCUUCUAUUGAACAGUUCUAUUGAACUGUCGUUCAGUUCCCACUGGGUUUCUUUUUUUUUUCUCCCUGUUGCCCUGCACCUUUUUUAAAGAAACUGAUUACCAAAAUUUUGCUCCUUGGGUGGGGCUAGCAGAGCGUCGAUCACCCCUCCCCGGCCAUCUCUCAGCUGGACGUUGUGUGCUGAUUCCGGGGGGCUAACACAGGAGGCUGGGAUUUGCUUCCUGGUUGGUUCUUAGUCUCUGACAGAAGGUCUUGCUGUCUCUCUCUUGGCAGAGAAGGAUGGGGAGGGAGGCCACUGGUGGUAUGUACCAGGAUAUUUCCCUCACUCAGCUGUGCACUUGGAUGGGUGGAAUAGCUGAGCUCCAUAGCAAAGAACCUCUUUCCACGUUGCAGCUUGGCUGUCCCAGCCCCACCCAACAAUAGCUAUUCUAUUCCAAAGUUUGGGCAAAGGCUGAAAGUAAAAGCCAUGCACUACGUUAUAAUUUAGGGGUGCUUGUUGCCAGGGGAUAGAAAGGUCCUUGUGGGGACAUAAUGCCUAUAUUUCAGACACAUGAAAUGCGCCCCUGUGGCUAGUCUGCUGUGGGAGAAGUUCCAGACACAGCUGGCAUUUCCUGUCUCUCUCAGCAUGUAACAAGCCACUGUGGUGCAGGAGAUCUCAGCGGAGAUCAGUAGCUUACAGCGGGGACAAGCUAAGGGGCUGAGCAAUAUUAAGGGGGGCAUCGCUCAGUAGCCGCAGCAGUAGGCAAAGCAGGUCUCCCCAAAGACGCUACGCACUGAGCGCCUUGUUCGGUGCACGCAAGAAAAAGUGAACACAUUCCAGUUGCUCCUGCCUACCUGGUACGUUGCGCUGCCGUGCCCCGGUGGCCCUUUUCCUCUUAAAGGGAAGUGCUCCGGCAGCAUCUCUGGGCAAUUUCUGCGCACUGCUGCCUGAUCGUGCUGCUUCGGUCCUGGCACCAAGGGCUCGCAUCAGUGGCACCUGCAGUCCACACUCUUCUGUCCCCUUUGCAGUUCUUCUGGGACGGAUGCCAUUCCUGUUGAUGCAAUAAAGUCCGUGUGCCAUGGAAACGUGCUCGUGCCCCCGGGGCUACACUACACUCAGCCCUUUCAUUUUUUUUUCUCCUAGUGUUUCUUAUCAUACGAGAUGUUGUGUAUUUCCAGUUUGCUCUGUAUCGAUAGAAAUAAAUUAUUGAACCGGA